UUGUCACAACCACAAAACGCACAUUGAAGCGAGUGCAACCAAUGCCGAUAAAGAUAACAAAAGGGAGAACCGAAGAGAAAUUGCAUGCAAAAUGAUCGAUAUGUAUGAGGAGCUAUUUUGGACGAGCUCUCAAUUUGACUCAGUGACCUACAUAUCGUUCACAUCAUUGUACUCAAAGGCGCCAAUCUGCUCCAGUUUCAAAUUGAAGCCGAGCGCCUUUCCCCGUUUCUGGCGGCGAAUAAACACUUAAAUGAAAAAGUUUUGAGUGCACAUUUUAAUUCCGUGGCAGAACUUUAGCGCGUUUCCGGACAUUUUAUUUACGCGAGGCUUCAGAAGUUAGCCUUUACGACAACAGUGGACAUUUUGAGGCGGGUGAUGGCGCCAAAAUCAAACUCAGCUGAUGCAGAUGACAGACUCGGCGUUUUGCCUUUUUGUUCGAGAUAUACGAUCCAUUUAAGAAAUGUUCGCUGUUGUUUCAUAUUAGAUGAAUAUUAAACACGUAAAGAAGGAAUGAAGGCGGAACAUGGCUACGCUUCACUACUUCCUCCCAGCCCGACACUGUCCGAUAAGAGAAGCAAACAGAAGAGCAAGAAGACAGCUGCUGGUGGAAAUAGAUCCGUGCACAACGAGCUGGAGAAAAACAGUGUUUUGCAGGCGAGCACAACUAAGGCAGUGCCUGGAGCAGCUCAAAAAGCAAGUUCCUUUGUCGUCAGACUCUAUGAGAAACACCACUCUCAACCUGCUCAGGCGAGCCCAGUUGCACAUCAAGAAGCUACAGGAGCAGGAUGAGCGCGCGGAGCAGCUCAAAGAUCGUCUGCGAUGGGAGCAGAGGGAGCUGCGGGUACGUCUGGAGCAGCUGCAGCGAGGGGCCGAGAGGAUGAGGAACGACAGCCAGGGCUCCACCAUGUCGUCAGAGAGGUCGGACUCGGACAGGGAGGACGUAGAGGUGGACGUGGAGAGCAUUGUGUUUGAUUGUAUGGACUCGGAAGAGCAGCACGUGCCAUGCGGCGCUGCAGAUCACUGUUACUCUACUAUGGACAAAGCUUGGCUAUGACAGCAGCUAUCAUCAUCAUGACGGCAGGGGAGAGAGAAGGGAGGCGACAACAUUCCAAAAAUGAAAAGGGUGAGGACAAUAAUACUGCACAAGUGAACGAACCCUUUUUUUCUUACAAAAGCAGUUUUUCAACAUUGUUUGAAUGUUAUACCGCAAGCGUAAUCAUGUUAGUCGGUUCUGAAUGAGCUGUAUCUAUUUGCACUGAAGAGCAGUUCACAUCACUGGGCUAGAAUAUCUGUUCAAAAAACAUAUCCAAGUCAUGAGGAUUCAUUCAGUGGGUAAGGGAUUUGUUUUAGAAAAAAAAAGUCCCCCCCCAAAAGAAAUGGAAACUUUUGACUUUAAUAUGCCUACAGUGACUUCAGCCUUAAACUAGAAUUGGUCUAGUUUCUUUUAUUUUUAAGCUUCUCCUAAGCAUUACAGUAUAUCUCAGUAAGGCCACAAGUGGCCCGCACUUAAACAUUAAUCUUUGUUAUGGUUUAUAUACACCAUGUCAUUUUGUUUUCUUUUGUUGCACACAAACAUCCUCACAUUGCACUUGUCUUUUCUCUUAAGAGUUGUGAGUAUAUCGAAAGUGAAGAUACAGGUAACAGAAAUGAUUUGGUGGUCAUUAUUGCACAAUUCUGUGACUGUGCCUUAAAUUCAUUUAGUGUACUUGCACACUCUACUGACUAGUCUGUGUGAGUUUUGAUGUGUUGGAUGGAAAGCAUCAAUACUUGCACAGCCAUGGUUCUUCUUGAUCACUUCUUUAGAUAAUGGUUUGGCUGUAUUACAUGUAUGUAUUAUACUGCUCUAUAUUUAAUAACCGAAGGCACAUUUUGCCCUCACCUUUUGUAUCUAUAUGCAAAAUGCCUUAUUACCUUUUUAAUGCCAUUUUAUGUAUGCGUUCACUCUCUCCGCCCAGUAAUAUUAUGUAGCAUUUUUUUUUAAAUGGUGUAAGCUUUUUUUAAUGAAUAAAUAUUUUCUAUAUUUAAAGAAUCUUUAUUUAUUCAACACACACAAAAAGUUAAAAAAGAUGGUGUCCAUUUAUCUUCAGUAUAUUCAAGUUAUUUUCUGAUCACAUUGUAAUCUUUGUUUUUGGUUUUAUUCAUAACUUUUUUGAGUGCUCAAUUUUCUGUCAAGCAUUACAAGGCAGCCAUGACAGUCUUGGGUUUUGUUCAACUAAUACAAUCAUUUAAAAUUACAUACAAUAAUGAGGUAAAAUGUACAAUGAUUUGCAUUCAGCAUUCAUUUGAAAUGUUGACCAUAAAAGCAAAAAAGAUGGGCUUGAAAGCGACAGGAACAUUUUCUAAUAAGCACCUGUGAGCUGAUUUGUAGAGGAACACGAUUAGGAUGACUGACGAAGGUACAAGUGGGCUGGAAGAGGCUUGACUGGGGUUGUCACAUGUUCCACCCACCCCAUUAGCGGUUUGCUUCCUCACAGAGGCCUUUAGUCGGAUCAGUCAACACAAUGCAUCGCUGCACUGAGGAAAGUUUAAUGACAAGUCUCCCCGAAAUCCAGGGCAAAGGAAUCAUCACACGUAUUGUUUCUUCUGAGCCUGUGAGGCUAAGUCUUUGGCUUUCUCCUUAGCUGCCAGCGCUGUCUCUCUUGCACGCUCUGUUGCUGCUUCUGCCAAACUCCUUGAUGGCGUUUCACCUGCACAACAAACAAAUAAAGACAAUGCAAAACUCUCAAAGCUGCAUAAUCAAUGUAAAAAAAAAAAAAAAAAAAAAAAAAAGUUGUAUCGCAUUAAAAUCAGCAGGAAUCCAGACGUGCCAAAAUUAGACUAUUUAAACUCCUCUUCCUUAAAAUUUUAUUUAACUUAUUUAUUAAGGCAGGUCAAUUGAGAGUAAACUAUUCCAAUGAAACCCUUUUUAACACAAUAAAAAUACAAGAUGGUCAUGGCUCACAAUUACAUAGAAGACUAGGGGUGUGACAAAAUAUCGAAAUGAUAUAUUAUGAUACUUUGUAUCCCAAAAGGUUAUCGAUAUGCUCCUGCCAAGCAUUGAGAUAUUGUUGUGAAAAGGUGUCAAUGUCUAAAAAUAAAUAAAUAAAUAAAAAUGAACCAACAAGUUGCUACUAACAUUUUCCACCAUAAUAGUGUCUCAGAUAACUCUUAAGGCUGCAUUGAGGGUGCUUGACGACCAAUCCAUUUAGACUGGAAACGUUUGUUCAUUCGAAACCAGAGCAUUCACAGUCAUUAUGUCCGAUUUUCAGGGCAUUUACAGGUCACUCGCUGUUCAUUUUAGGGCAUUUACAGGUCAUUUUCUGUUGUGUUUGAGUCACUGCCUAUUCAUUUGGGUGAUUCCUAGGUCAUUUCCUGUUCUGUAACUCAAAAUAAACAGGAAGAGACUCAAAACACCCCAAAAUCGACAGGAAGUAACUGAAAAUGAAAAGGUAAAUAACUUUAAAUGGCCCAAAAUUAGCUCAUUGCCUGGCAUUGGCUGCCACUACCGGCCAUAGACGUUCAAUCCGUUUGAAGUGGGAGGGAUGGCAGCGAAUGACCUCCAAGUUCAAACGGAUUGGGCAUCUACUAAUGAUAAACUCAUUCCAAUUCACAGCAGAAGCUUGUUUUUCUGUUUAUUAGUUGCAGAACAUCAGAGAAUGAUUUCCUGACCAAUGUAUCGAUAAUUGUAUCGUCAGAUCAUUGUUAUCGUGAGGUUUGUAUCGCAAAUCGUAUCGUAUCGUGAGGUACCAAGAGGUUCCCACUCCUAUAGAGGACUAUAUAACAUUUAGAAGUGAGUUCUUAAAACUACAGAAAUAAAGGGAUCCAGUUGCAGUUGAUUUUGAAUAUUCAAACUUUGGACCAGUCUUACACAACUGGGGCUUUGUGCAAUCAUUUAACGAUUUACAGGAGUAACUAUUGUUAUAAGUAACUAUUAUAUAACUAUUGUUGAUAAUUAAAACAAACCUGAUAAAGACCUGGUGUCCACAUAUGGUCAUGUAGGCCUCAAUAUUAACAUUUAGUAAACAAGUGUGCUUACGCACUACGAAUCGCUGCUACCCCUCCCAGUCAAAAUAGAUUGGAUGUCUAGUGCCGUCAAUGGCACUGUAAUAUAAGAAUCCACAAUCAGUCCUUCCAUAAAUUAGACGUCCAUCGUUUUGGACGGCAGCCAAUGAGUUAAAAGAUUGCCCUACAUGGGAUUAGGCAUGUGCCGGUGUGAGAUUUUGACGGUACGAUAACCGUGAGCAUAAAUACCGCGGUUUUACGGCAUCACAGUAUUGCAAUUAUAGCUCCAAAAUGUGUUGUUUUGAGAGGUAUGGGCUAAAAAAAAAAAAAAAAAAAACUUUUCUGAGAUUUUUUUAUUUUUCAGAAAAUAUUUGCAACUUGGAACAUGAAUAUUAUGUUAAAAUAAAUAAACAAAAAAAUAUUUUAAAUAAAUAGAACUUAUAGACUACCCACAGCCACAGCUCAGGUUGCUCAAGAUUGGAGCAAGAACUAAGUUAAUUGCUCUAAAAAAGUAAAAUACUUUUAAAUAAAAUUGAAAAAUAUUGACUGUACUUUUUUUUUUUUUUUGAGGGGGCAAAAGCUCAAAUUGAAGUUUCGCCAUUUUCAGCUACUGUGUCAACUCUAGUCUACAUGUCAUGCGUUUGUGUUAAAAAGACGCAGAAUUCAUAAGUCAAUAAGUUAAAAAUGGAUAAGUUCGUUAAAAUGUGAAUAUUGUUGUGUCAAGAUUUCAUCUAAAAACACUGGGAGUGACACCUCUCCUUGUCCAGCGAGCGUACCAUUUGUGCUUAGGGCAAGAUCAUCUGUCGCAAUUAGCGAUCUUUGAUGUUAUCCCUUUUCCUUCAUUCAAGCUUGUUUCUCAGUGCCAGUGGCCUUGAGAUUUAUAACCUGGACGAAGUUGCUCUCCCAGCUAAGACUAGGCUAACAUUUGUCUUUGUAAGUGUUCAGUUAAUUUGUAUUUUGAAUUUGAAAGGAAAAUGUGUGUUUUGUUUUUGGCGAACUUUUUCAUGGAUGACUUCCUCACUUUCUGUUGUGUUUGUGCUAACAAAGCUACUCACACCUGUAAAAUACUAUUGUACAACGUUUUAAAACUGUAUAUUUCGGUUACCAUGAUUUGAGACCUCCAUAAAUUCAAGAAAAGUACGCCUUUUGUUUGGAGUGUUUCUUUUUUGGUGUUUAGCAGAAUACCGUCACUUGCCACGUUUACAUGGAGCCAAAUAUUCCAAUUACAAUCGGUUUAGAUGUUCAAACCGCAUAAAUAAGUUCCAUAUAAACACUUCAUUCGGAAUGAACAGGCCCAAACCGAAUGGAAUUUCAUUCCGAUUCACAGGGGUGGAAUAUUCCUUUUCCCAAACCGAUUAGAAGUAAAAUUAUAUCAUGUAAACAGGGAAGCGGAAUGGUGUCUGGUUGCGUUCUUUCUGCACAUGCUCCGUACUGACGUGGUGACGUCACUUGGUGACGUAAGUAACGUCACUUGCAACAUGGCUUCCAAGCACACGCACAGCGCACCCACACAACUUUUUAAAUGAACGGCGUGUCAUUCUGAAGUUUUGUUUCCACUCGAAAAGUUAAAACAGCAGCUGAUCUGACGAUCGAUCUCCAUGUUUUGCAAUGUGACGCUUUGUUUUGAUUAAUCUGCGCAUGUCAGACGGCAGUUGUCAAACGUCCUUUCGGAAUAAAGGCAGACACAUGUAAACGCUGGAUCGGAAUAGAUGAAGUGACAUGUAAACAGCUGAUCUGAAAUGUCCAUUCGGAAUUAUUUGAAUCGGUAUGAAUAAAAGUCAGCAUGUAAACGUGGCUACUGACACACACACAUCAACAACCGGAGAGG